GCUCAAAGCUUGUUUGACUAUUCUAUGUCAAUUCAGGACCCAAGAUGGGAUGAAACAUACAAGGUUGUUUGGUUCAACGAUAACGGGCCAUGGUCAAUCCGUUUUACCGCUUGGUAUACUGCUGGGUUACUUCACAGAAAUCAAGGGGAUGAUGUUGAAAACGCCAAAGCAGCUUUGAAGGCCAUUCUUGCCGUGCAAAUGAACGAGAACUUCACUUCGGCUUGGUAUGGUGACUUUAAGUUAUCUCCUGACGAACCAAACCCUCAAACUCCACUCUACACUCCAAGCAUAUAUGGGACGUAUGAUCCAAACUGGCGAGAGUUCAUUGGAACUCAGCUGGUUCAAGUCGUGGAAGAAUUUGAGGCACUCCUUGGCCCUGAGCUGGUGAGCGACAUCGAAGCUGCAAUGGCCUAUGAUGCCGUCGGAGCUAUGAGGAGGAACGGCACGGCCCCGGACAAUCUUAUUCUGGCUUACAGCAAUCCUGGAUAUAUGCGAGCAUUGAAUGUGGGCUGGAUCGGAGCUCGUCUGAAGAAUCAGACUUUCAUCGACUUCGGCAAUACCCAAGGCAAUGAGCUCUAUGAACUGUUCACGAAAAACGGAGCCAAUACCCUGGGAGAAUACAACGCACCGAAUUACUACGGCAUGGACAUGUGGGCUCUGGGCUCAAUGGCAAAGUACGGUCCAAAGAAUGCAACCUUCACCAAGCUUUCCGUGAAGAUUAUGACCAAUAUAUGGGAAGAUAUAGCCGAUCACUACAAUCCGUACCUAGGAAACAUGGUCGGUCCUUAUGACAGAGCAUACACCCGAGACAUGACCGUCCACGAUGCGAUUAUCUCGAUGUUCUGGUGGGGAAUUUUCGGGUACGACAAGGCUCCCAUUCCUCCCAAGAGCGAUCUAGACUUGAACUACGAUGUUUCCCAAGGGGCCGCACUUGCGCUCAUCAUGAAGACCGUAGCAAGUGUUCUCUCUCCAGAGGUGACCCACAAACUCCUCACUCCUUUCACAACCGAACGCUUCCUUAACAAAACAAUUUACUACAACCUCGAGACCGACGAGAAGAGAAUAGUUACAUCCUGGCUCAGCAAGCCUCUCAUGAUCGGGGGACAGCAACUCGCUGAGACAGUGGCGAGGGGCAAGCAAUUUACACCUGCUAUUGUGCACUGGGCUGCUGAUCCUUUACAUAAACCAUUCCCGUACAAUGGAUUCUUCAGCCUGUAUCCAACCGCCACGACCAUUACUGCCGUGGCAGAGAGCCAUCAGUUGACAAUCAGCUAUCCCAACAUGACACAGGCUGGGACCGAUUCCUUCCAGUUCAUGCUCUCUGGCAUCCCGCCUCCUUGGAACUUGGCAGGGAAUACGGUCGACGGCUUCACGAACUUGCCUUGUUUGAAAGUCAAUGUGACAGCUCCGGGGCUGGAAGUACUACCUACCAUUUAUGGCUCGAUGAUUUAUGAUCAUUAUUAUUAUAAUAUCACGUACGUGGUUCCGGAAGGUUUUGAGGGGAUACCGAAGAUGGUGUUUGAGAUGGAGUAUGUAUGCUAG